AGGUGUGAGGGCUACACUUGUCCACAGCUCAGGAGAGAACCAGGGUUCAAAUUAGGACUAAACCAGGUCUAAACUAGGACUAUCCCAGGACUAUUCGAGCACAAGGUCCAGGAUGAGUUUCCGACUCCAGACCAGAGGUCGGCUCUUGGACCUUCACUGCUCUGUGGCUCUGACUGAGUGGGACUUGGACCAGGAGCUGCGGUUGCAGAUCACCACAGAUCAGGAUGAGCGAUCGCCUGACUCCCUCCAGAGACCAAUGCCCCGAAGCUCCCGGCGCAACGAUGACUUGACUUGGUACGACAAGGCCUCAGAUGUGUUUGUGAAACCAAACCUAUGGCUCAUGGUGAACCCAAACAUUGUGUGUCCGUUGCACUACUUGCCUCAAGCCCCACCCCCUCAACCUCAAGCCCCACCCCCUACACUCCAAACCACGCCCCCAAGCUCUCAUGAUGCACCACUGCAAAACGAAACCUCAUCAACCAAUCCCCACAUGAUCAGCUCUGAGGCGCCCUGUAUUGAAACAGCAAAGACUCGCCGCAAACCCCGAACCUCUCAAUGGUCCAACAGGUGGGCUCCUGGCUGCAGUUCUUGGCCUCGUCCCCCGGUGAACUACUGCCUCCUGAUUGGUCUGGCUCUGAAAUACAACGGAAGCCUCAGAGUCCAACAGAUCUACAACUUCACCAAAGAGUUGUUCCCGUUCUUUCAGACGGCUCCAGACGGCUGGAAAAACACAAUCCGCCACAACCUUUGCUUCAACCACAGCUUUAAGAAAACCUUCACCCAGAGCAGGGGCGACAGGGAGCAGCAGGGACGACAGAGUGGCUCUGAGGGUAAAAGGAAGUCCUGCUGUUGGCUCCUGACAUCAGACGGACACCAACGCCUCAGAGAAGAGCUUCUAACUCUAACACCUGAGACGCUAAAGCAGCUGGAGCGAAGCGCUGCUAACCCAGACCUGAUCCGGGCACUGCUGUCUCUGUGAUCUCUUCUGACCCCUGACCCUACCCACCCUUCACCGCAGAAUAAAGUCACUGUGCACCACCAGGGGCGCUGCCUACUUUGUCCAAUGCACAUCUCUUUAGUCCUUGUUUAGAUCUGGUCUAGAUCUGGUCUAGAUCUGGUCUAGAUCUGGUCUAGAUCUGGUCUAGAUCUGGUCUAGAUCUGGUCUAGAUCUGGUCUAGAUCUGGUCUAGAUCUGGUCUAGAUCUGGUCUAGAUCUGGUCUAGAUCUGGUCUAGAUCUGGUCUAGUCCAGGAUUCAGAAAGGUCAUCUUUUUACUAACAAAUUAUAAAACAUAUAUACAAUAUUUACAAAGACUUUCAUAACGGUUCAUGUGAUGAUCUGUGACAAUGAGUUUGCAUUGUUUUUCAAAAUGAGAUGUUUCUGAGUAGUUUGUAGAACAGAUGAUUAAAAUUUUCAGGUUGUGUGUUACAGAAGCAACAGUUGGGACUAUAUCUAAAUAUUUUGAUACUAAGAUGUUUGUAGAGUGUUUUACACAAUAUUUUGAGGUGGGUUUGGUGUAGUUUGGUAUUGAGGAGGUAAUGACCACGUUUUAUACCAAUUCUGUCAAAAAUCAAGUUCUAGUCAAAGGUUCCUCUGGGUUAAAUGAGUUUAGUGUUUUGGCGUUUUCUCAAAUGUGUUUGUAUAAUAUAAAUUGUGAUGUUUUCAUUAAUUGUAAUUUCCCAUCCAGAAUGCAUUUACUAACAGAUUUGAAUCAAGAAUGAAGGACCAGAUCACAUGAUCUUGAAUGUGUGGUUUAAAGGUCCUAUAUUACAUAAAACUGACUCUUGUGAGCUUUAACCCAUGUUAUAACACUGUUACCUCAUUAAAAACAUCUGGAGUUUUGUUUUAUUCACACAUAUUUCAGGAACACUUUAUUAUUAGUCUGUCUACAUCUUCAAAGCUCAAAAUGGUCUUUUCCCACUUGUGAUGUCAUGAAACGGUAGUUUUCAAGUUAACAGCAGUCUUUUAUUUUUAGAUCAGUAGAGAUGGGGAAAUUCCAGGGCUGAAAUUAUCCAAAUGAAUCUAGUAAAGGUGAAUAGAGUUUAAAACACAAUGGAGCACUUCCUGUAUUACCACAAGACGUCACAAGGUAGAACAGAGUCUUUUCAGUUUGAGAGAAGAACUCAAAAGCCUAAAUAUGCAGAAUUUGUGUAUUAAACUUGUGUGAAUGAAACAAAACAUAACUCCAGGCAUGUUUGUGAUGAGGAAACAUCACUUAUAUUAGAAAAUGGCAUAAUACAGGCCCUUUAAAUCUAUGAAGUCCAGCAUUUCAGUACCACCCUCACUUGUAAGUCAUGUGAGUGAGUUUUCAGAUGUCUCUCUCCAGUUGAAUGUUAUUGUUCUGUUGAUCUCUUGGAUGUAGACUCACUGGUGUAUAAUGGUAUAGUGGGGUAAACACAAUGUAACUACUGUAAUUCUUAGUUAUUACUUUCACAUAUUUACCGGUCAUACCUGUAGAUUGCAGUGCAUCAUGGGACAGAAAUUGGUAAAAACUUUUAUUUCAACAGCAUGUAAGUUCCACUUAGUUUGUGCUUUAUAGUGGGAAGAUAUUACAUGUAAAUGUUUCAUUCUCUGCUGCUCUUAACAGAAUAUGUGUCGCACGCAAAGGAGCUCGAGUACUGCACUGGUCUGUUCACUCCACACAAGAUUAACAAACACUUUUUUAACUUAUUUUUUCUGUGUCAAACACACGUGUGGUACCUCACAGUCCCCUUGAGUUGUGACCCUGAUGCCCUCCCACUUUGUCCCCCAUGCUGUUGAAGUGAAAUAAACAUGUAUAUAAUCUC